AGUAAUAGUUUGGCAUUCGUCUUUUUCGUCGAGAAUCGCUAACGAAAAACCAGUCUAAUCAUGAUAAAACUUUCUAUUUCUGUCAUAUCCAAAGAGCUUAAUUUUAUGUUUUUAUUAUAGAAUUCUAAAAGCAGAUGCAGACUAAAAUUAAAGUAAACGACACUAUAGAUUGGAGAGAUUCCCUCAUUAAGGUGUCAGAAAUGGACCUUUGGGAUGACAAAAGAUUCGAGCGGCAGGAAUGGAAAUGUUUGCUUAAGGAAGCAGAAAAUUUAUUAAAGAAUUCCAGGAAGAAAUAUUCACCGGAUAUUGUUGAAAAUAUUCUAAGCGGAAAUUUAACAGAGUUAAUUGAAACUCAGCUACCGAAAUCAAACCGCAGAAUAAUUGUAUUUGUCUCGUCGACAUUUACAGAUACUUUGGCGGAGAGAAACACUUUAAUGAAAGAUGUUUAUCCAUUUUUGCGUAAACUAUGCCAAACUUUAAAUAUGGACUUUGGAACUGUAGACAUGAGGUGGGGCGUUAAGGAGGAAGUAAGUUUGGAGCACGAUACAGUCAGAGUAUGUCUUAAGGAAGUGGAAAGAUGUACAUCGGAGAGUAGUGGACCAUCCUUCUUAGCAAUUGUCGGAGAUAAGUACGGCUAUAGACCCAUUCCUUCAGAAAUUGAGAAAAAUGAGUUUGAGUUACUACUUAAACAUGUAAAAGUAAAUGAAGCAGUUAUCUUACGAAAGUAUUACUGCUUAGACCUGAAUAAUAUACCUCCAAUAUACUUUCUUAAGCCCAUAACCCGCGAGCAGAAGGAUUGGUGGUCGAUUUCAAGUCAAAUGAGUACAUUCCUAAGGAGCGCCGCCGAAAUUGCAUUGAAAAACGACGACAAAAAAAGAAGAAAGUACUUUAUAUCCGUUACUGAAAAUGAAAUAGAGCAAGGAGUUUUAAAAAACCAGAGGGUUAAUGAUAAAGUUGUGGUAGUAUUGAGGCAUUUACAUCAAAUAGAAGGGGAUCGUCACAUUCAUAGGCAUUUAAUUGAUAUAGACUCAGAGAAAAGUCAAAUCAACAAAGACUCUCAAAAAUGUCUUUCAACUCUUAAGAAAACUGUUAAAGCUUCCAUAGAUGACAAGAACAAGUACGAGUGUACCUAUAAAACGUCAGAUGUCAGAUCAUGUAGUCAGGAUGUCCGGAAAUCUUGCGACCAAAUAUGUACUUCUUUAUCAAGAUUGAUAUUACAGAACUAUGAACAAUAUUUACAUGUUGAAGUCGACGAUCUUAUUGAUGAAAUUUUACUACAUCGUAAUACUAUUAUUGAUAAACUAAAAGUGUUCUAUGGUCGAAAUGAAAUUGUAAAUUCCCUUAAAAUGAACAUUAAGGAGAAGAUCAACACCGAAACGACCGAAAUGAAAAAGCUGAUUCCAAUUUCGGUAGUUAUUAGCAGAUUUUUAGGAACAACUGCAAAAUCUGGAAACGUUAGAAAUCUACUCGAGUCCGUUCAUUUACAAAUACUUAGAGCGUACGGUAUAGCAGAUAAACCUAAAGCAGAAAGCUUUAAAGAUUUAAUAAUAUUAUUCAAGGAGGCAAUUAAGAAUUAUCCCACAGCAGAAAGGCCUCUUAUUAUAGUCUUGGAUUCUUUAGAUCAACUUUCAAUGGAAAAUUCUGCACAUAACUUACAAUGGUUACCCGGUCUAAAAGAACCCUUACCAGCAUUCUGUCAAGUUAUUGUAUCAACAUUACCUUCACCUUUUGGUCCCCUUGAUAUUAUACAGCAAAUACUUGAGCCUAGCUAUAUUUUUUCAGUCAGAGAAUUAACUGUAGAUGAUGGUAGAGAAAUAAUGAAUAGUAUACUUGCAAGCAAACAUAGAACAUUGACAUCAAAUCAAAAGGAGAUUAUCAUCAAUGCCUUUACGAAAACACCUAUCCCUUUAUUUUUGAAGCUUGCCACUGAUUCAGCAACAAAAUGGAAAAGUUCUGAUGUAGAUACCUCUAUUGGUUCAAGUAUUCCAGAUCUUAUAAAUGAUUUAUUUCAUAAGAUAGAAAAGAGGUACGGAUUAACACUUGUAAGAAAAGCCUUUGGUUAUAUAACUGCGUCAAAAAAUGGUCUAUCAUCUAUAGAACUUGAAGAUAUUCUCUCAUUAGACGAUGACGUUCUGGAUGAAACUUUUUCCCAUUGGAUUCCACCAUUUCCAAGAAUACCUCAAUUGCUAUGGUUAAGAAUUAGAGAUGAAGUAAGUGAAUAUCUAGUGGAAAAGGGUGUUGAUGGAGUUAUGACAUACUCAUGGUACCAUAGGCAGUUUUGGAAAGUAGCACAGACAAGAUAUUUGAGUCAAGAAGAAAACUGGUCAUGGCAAGGUAUAGUCAAUUAUUUUCAGGGUGUUUAUGCUGAUGGGAAACGUUACGCCGGAAAAGCGAAAGUAAGUCAGGAGGCUGUAGUUAUGUACGAUCGAAGAAUACAGCCUCAAUCCCUUAUACUUCAUGAAGGAAGUUCAACAUCAAACAAAAUUUUUAAUAAACGUAAACUAAGGGAAUUACCCCUUGCACUUAUCCGACUUAAGGAUUGGAACAAUUUUGAGAAGUGGACUUUAAAUCUACCCUUUAUUGAAGCUCGAUUUGCAGCUGGUCAAGGUCACGAGUGCCUUUCUGACUUGCUAGAAGCUUCAAAACAAAGUGAAAAAUUACAAGAGUAUCAUAAAUUUGUUGGAGCGAAUGUCACUCAUCUCCUGAGAGAUCCUGAAUGUGUCUACCAAUUAGCCUCGCAGCAUACAUCUGCAGCAAUACGAAACUUGUUGGAACAACCAAAUUUACAAUUAUCUGAUACUAGAAUUCUCUUAAAGGAUGUCAAUCCAGAGUCGAUAGAUGACCCCUGUUUACUAACGCUUCAAGGACACGAGAAAGGCAUUAGAUGUUGCGAAUUCUCUACUGAUGGAUCAUAUAUUGUAUCGGUAGCUAACGAUGGUGAACACGGAAGUAUAAAAAUUUGGGAUACGCACAGUGGAGAAGAAACAGUGACCAUAACUAAUUUGAGUGGACCGCCUUUUCCGGGUCUGGUUGAUGACUAUCACGGAGAACAAUCCUGCACUUUUAUACAGUCUUCAUCAGUUGCUGUUGGAUGUGACGAUGGCCAUUUAGAAGUUUUCUCCAUAAAUGGUUUAAAAAUUUAUUCGGAGAAAGUACACGGAAAUGCUGUUAGUGGUUUAGACAAAAGCAGAGAAACAAGCCUAUUGGCAACCUGUAGCGUUGAUCGCACUGCUAAAAUAUUUGAAACGGAUGGUUAUAAUAUUAUUAAGGAAAUGUUUGAAAUUGAACUUCCAGGGCCGGCUAGUAACUGCGCAUUUGAUCCUAUCACUAAUCAACUUGGCGUUGCAGUAUUUAACAGUCAAUACGGUCUAGUUUGUAUCGAUAGUGCAACUGGAAAAAUUAAAUGGAGUUCUCAGGCCGCUUGCGGAAAAACUUUAUGCCUUGCUUGGUCUCCCAGUGAGCUUGUUGUUGUUACUGGCGGGGAUGAUUCAAUGAUUACUGUUAUUAGUAGCAUAAAUGGUGAUCAAUUAGAGAAGCUACAUGGUCAUAAGGGAUGGCUGUGGUGUUUAAAGUUUACAGAAGAUGGCCAAGCUUUAUUGUCCGGAUCUUCAGAUAGAACGUUAAAAGUUUGGAAUACGGCGACGAGUUCAUGUGUAUGUACUUUGGGAGGCCAUGUUCACAGAGUAGGAUGGAUAAGUCUUUAUGGAAAAAGUCGUUUAGCUACGGCAUCUCUUGACAAUUCAAUUAAGAUAUGGGAUUUACGGCCCGUUGUCUUUGGAAAUGUUCCUACAGUUGGAGGUUUACAUUAUCUAGUUCUUAAAAUAUCACCCGACCGGAAGAACCUAUUAUCAAGCCAGGGUUGGAUGACAACAUGCGAAAUUAAAAAGGCUCAUGAUGAAAAAAUACUAUUUUAUUCGACGAGUCAUAAAGGCUUUAUAUGGGAUGCUCUCUUUACACUGGAUUCGAAUUAUAUUAUAAGCGUAGAUCUCGGUCAUAAAGGAACCUACAAUAAAGGAGCUGUUGAAAAGGCUACAGUUCAUGUUACUGACAAUCAGAACGGUAGUCAUAUCACUACGCUUGAUGCAUUUUCGCCUUGUAGUAUUGCCUUAAAUAGCACCCUAAUUGCAGUUGGAACGGAAACACUCGAAUUCAACAUUCAUAUAUACUCAAUCGAACUUUGGGUUGAGACAUCUGUAAUAAGAUUCUGGGAAAACGAUGAUGAUAUAUGCAGGGAAGCAACGAGUGUUGGUUGGUUAGCGAUGAAUGAGCAAUUUCUCGCAGCAACCUCUGGGAAAGUUCUAAAAAUUUGGAGUCUUGCUAAUGAUGAACAAAUAGAAAUGAUAAUAAGAAUUUCGGAAUUCCAUUCGUCUUUAACGAAUAUAAGCUUUAUUCCUAAUUUAAGCAAUCACUUAACAGUUUGUGACUCCUCUGGUAAUAUAUGCGUAAUUGAAUUUCAGAAGGAUAAAAAAAUCAUGAAAUGGAUUAAAUCACCGCAAUCCCAUUCAGCUUUUAAUAGUUCGAUAAAACACGCAACAUGGGACAACACUGGAAGUUAUUUUGCUGCUACUGCAGUUGAAAUGUGUAUUAGAAUAUGGAAGAGGAUUAAAGAUAACGAAAUGAUCUUUCAUGGGGUUUUCUAUGCACCGGCUAAUCAGCUGGCUUUUAUUGACCGUAAUAUGAUACUCGUGGGAGAAGCGACCGGGAAUAAGAAAACUAUCCAAUUCUAA